CUAGUACAGCCCGUGUAAGCAAAUACCCAGUACCGGUUGGCUUCCAGGAAAAGAUAAACAGAGGUGUAGCCUACACCCCUAGCUAUAGCACCUCGUGCUGCGCCCGCUCUCUAGGGAUAAAUGGGUUAACAGUCGAACUGGUUUAAAUUUUAUUUCCACAAGGAAGUUAAUCAACUGUACAACAAUCACUAUGGAAAAAAUACACGACAAGGUCGAGUUGCAUGUUCAUUUGGAUGGAGCGAUUCGGCCCGAGACUGUUUUGGAGUUAGGGAAAAAACGUGGAGUGCGCCUUCCGGCGAACAACCUGGAGGACUUGAAGAAGCAUAUGUGUGUAUACAAACGGCCAGGAAAUUUCCUAGAGUUCCUGCACACAUUCGGAGUUUUCAUGCCGUGUGUAGCAGGUGACCCUGAGGCCGUGUGGAGAAUGGCGUAUGAAUUUUGCGAGGAUUGUGCCAAGCAGAAAAUCUGUUACGUGGAAGCCCGCUACAGUCCGCAUAUUUUAGCGAAUGACAGCCCGAAACCUUAUUAUUCUCCGAUCACCGGAAGUUUCGGAGCUCGCAAUGUUGUGGAAACAAUCUCAGAUGCGUUUAAAAAAGGGUCAUACGACUUUGGCAUCACCGCGAAAUCAAUACUAUGUUGUCUGCUGGAUAACCCAGAAUGGUCCCUGGAAGUCUACCAGCUCUGUGAGGAGUUUAGAAAUCAGGGCGUGGUCGCCAUUGACUUGGCCUCAGGCGAGCCCUCCAGCAACGCAGACGCCAACACAUCAUGUCACCUGGAGGCGUUCAGGAAAGCUCACCAGACAGGGAUACAUCGUACUAUGCACGCUGGGGAAGUGGGCGAUUCUAAUUCUGUGGAUCUGGCUGUCAAUCUAUUUUACGCGGAGAGAAUUGGCCAUGGGUACCAUGUCUUGGAUGAUUUGAAGUUGUAUAGAGAGCUUUGUGAAAAGGGCAUCCAUUUUGAGGUCUGUCCCAACUCCUCUGUGCUAACUGGAGCGUGUCCAGAAGCUGCCACCAACCUUUCGCUUCAUCCUGCUAAACGGUUCUCUGACGAUGAUACCAAUUUUUCCAUAAACAGCGACGACCCUCUUCCCUGUGACACAAAUCUCACAAAGGAAUUUGAGUUUGCCAAGGAGAUGGGAAUUUCCGAAGAUAAGCUGAUAACGUGUAUAUUCAACGCCGCAGAAGCGAGUUUUACUUCUCCAGUGGAGAAAAACUCUUUAAUUGACAAACUAGAACAAGUGUACGGGAAACAGUCUACAUCCUGUCCAUAUAUUUAGUUAUUUCAAUUAGUGCAGUAGUAAGCGUGUGUGCAUAUAAGCGUGUCAUAGGUGGGAUAAGCAAAAUCACGUGAUUAAUUAUUCCUAUAUAUUGCAGACUUCUGUGACAGUCCAGAAUUCAUGUGUGACAGCCCAGAAUGCGUGUAACUGCCGAGGGUCAUGAUUCUUUAACAUUGUCACGUGGAUUUUUACUGCGCACUGUGAUCAGUCAUCUAGCUUAUUUAUGUGUUUUACGCAAACUUUUUUCGCUUUUAUUUGUGAGACGUUUAUAAUAUGUGUCAAACAUAAUUUGAAUGUGAUUAUAACUUGUAUAUUUAAGAUUAUUAUGAGAAAAAAGAGUGAAAAUCCUCGAUGUUACACCGGUGUGUGGGAUUAUGGUGCCAUAAUUUUAUGUCUUUUGUGCAUAUUUUCAAUUAUGAUAUUGCUUAGAAGUCUGGAAAUCAGAUCAAGUGACUGAUACAGUGCUAUACAAGAACAUGCAUGUGCCAAAUUUCUUAAAAAUUUAAUAACCAGUACUAGUUUAAUUUUACAUUUUUACAAUUAAUUAGCUUGAUUGGAUAACAAGUUCUACAGUUUAUGACAAGAGCAUCUCAAAACAAAGUUUUGUACAGCUGAACGCAUGUAUAACAACCACAUUGUUCCAGAUGUUUCCUCCAACCAUAAUGCUUGCCGCCGUCGUAUAAGUGAAAUAUUGUAACACCAAUUAAAUAAAGAGAUAAAUAAAUAAAGGGUUCCAAUUACCAUUACCUGCAUGUACAUGUUUAUGUGUCUAUCAGUAAAUGGAACGAUCUUUAUUUAUAUGUUAUAUUGUCCACUUUUCAUUGGAUAAAAACGGACAGGAGGGGUACAGAUAUACUCUCGAAUCCAACACACGACGUUAAAUGUGUCUGCAGAAUGGGUUAUCUCCCUUUGUUGAGUUUUGCAUACAAUGGUUCCAUCGCUGAAGCGAUUCAUCUAUACAUCGAUCUUCAGUUCUGCACUGAAUCGAUGGGUCUUUGCAGGAUAAAUUUGUACAUCGUCACUCAGUGAUAUGAUACGU